CCAGACCUGAAGAAUGAUUUGUGAAUCCGGAAUGUGUGACAGCGUCAUCGCAGUAUUUUAUUGACCAUGGAUCCUUAUGAUGCGUCAAAAUUGACUCCUAGACAAAGUGCAUCCUCAAGGCUUAAAGAUUACUUUAUAGGUGCUACCCCUCUGCAGAAACGGUUAGAAUCAGUCAGAAAGCAGGCUACAUUUGUCUCGACUCCACCUCGAAAGAAAAUUCCCCAGUGUUCACAGUUGCAGGAAGAUGUUGAUCCUCAAAAGGUUGCAUUCCUUCUGCAUAAGCAAUGGACUUUAUAUAGUUUAACUCCCUUAUAUAAAUUCUCCUAUACUAAUCUCAAAGAGUAUUCUAGACUCCUAAGUGCGUUUAUUACUGCUGAAAAGCAGAAAGGGCUUGCUGUGGAAGUGGGAGAAGACAUGAACAUCAAAGUGAUUUUCUCUACUCUCCUAGGAGUGAAAGGAACACAAAAGGACUCUGAAGCAUUUCUUGUCCAGAUUCUGUCAAAAUCUCAACGGCCAUCUGAGAACACAGAAGGUAAAGUGUUGUGGACUGGUUGGUUCUGCUGUAUAUUUGGAGAGAGUCUUCUAGAAACUGUUUCAGAAGAUUUCACCUGUCUACCCUUAUUCCUUGCAAAUGGAGCAGAGGCUAAUACAGCCAUAAUUGGAACCUGGUUUCAGAAAACGUUUGACUGUUAUUUCAGUCCCUUAUCAAUCAAUGCAUUUAAUCUUUCCUGGAUGGCUGCUAUGUGGACUGCAUGCAAAAUGGACCAUUACAUGGCUACUACUGAAUUUCUUUGGUCUGUACCCUGUAGCCCUCAAAGUCUGGACAUUUCUUAUGCCAUACAUCCAGAGGAUGCAAAAGCUUUGUGGGACAGCAUCCACAAAACACCUGGGGAAGUUACCCAAGAGGAAGUUGACUUAUUCAUGGACUGCCUUUAUUCACAUUUCCAUAGACAUUUCAAAAUUCAUUUAUCAGCCACAAGAUUGGUUCGUGUUUCAACAUCUGUAGCUUCAGCACAUACUGAUGGAAAAAUAAAGAUUCUGUGUCAUAAAUACCUUAUUGGAGUGUUGGCGUAUUUGACAGAACUGGCAAUUUUUCAAAUUGAGUGAGGCCUUGUAUGGACUACAAGUUAUAGAUUAUAUACUCUUUUUUAACUGCCAUGCUGGGAAAUGGGCAUCUAUUCUGCAUCUGUUUUCCUCACAGUGCCACUGGAGUGGCUCAGAUGGAAGCCAAGAACGAUUCAGAACAAAGGAGAUGGUAGUGGAUGAGCCAGGUGCUGUGUACUAGUUAUCUUGAUCUAGGAUGCCAGCCUAUAGAAAAUGCUGAGUUGCUUAUUUAUUGGUCACCUCUUUCUCUCUGAAAAAAUACAGAAUGUUUAUUAUGCCAACCCUUCAGGAGUCAAAUGAGAUAUCUUUAUAUUGGGUAUUUCUGAUUUGGGUCUUUAAAACCUAUUAUCUCUUUUGGGCACUUUAGACUUGCAUUUAGAGAAUUUGUUUCCUAAAGACAAUUCAUUUUGCUAUAGAGAACUGGCAAUCAGAAUCACCUCCGAAGGAAACUAGAUUAAUAUUUGAAUUUUUUAGCCACAAACCUGCUUCUGUUUUUAAACUGUUCAAUUCUUAUUGCAAUGUUGAAUUAAAUAUUUACUUUUAAAAUGAACCAGUAUGUUUAUCAGUGUCUUGGUAACAGCUCUUUUAAUUAAUGUCUCAGUAAUAAACACACGAGCUCUGGUGGCACAACAGUUACAUGCUCGGCUGCUAACCAAAAGAUUGGGGUUCGAACUCACCCAGCAGCUGUGUGGGAGAAAGACCUGGUGAUAUGCUUCUGUCAAGAUUA